AAGCCGCUACCCUCGGUCUCCUCCUCUGCCGUGAGCCCGCCGCCGGACACAUCGCGCCCUCUCCUAGACGCCAUCUCCGACGGCAGAUCUAACCGCUAGCUCUGGGCGCAGCCACCGCAUCCGCCGCCAGUGCCGCCCCCUUUUCCCUCUGCACGCUGACGCGUUGACGGCGCAUCCGCCGCCGGAGCCGCAACGGCUCUCCACGGCCUUCCUGUUCUCAGCGGCGGCCUGUAGUGUUCUCUUUGAUUCUUGGUCCCUCGUUUCUUGCUUUGUUUCGCGUCGCCGUUGCGGCUGGUUGGUUUGCGGAUCCACGCUGAGGCUUUGAUUUUGUCGUUUCUGUUUUUGUCUUCGAAUUUAUUAGCCAAUGAAGUUUCUUGAUUGGUACUUGAAGAUUGGCGCGGUAUCGGCGCUGAUCGGAGCAUCCAUGGAGGUAUUCAUGAUCCACACUGGUUUCUAUGGCAAGGUCACCGUUCUAGAGUCCGAAAAGCGAGCCUGGGAGAGCACUCCAGAGGCUCAAGCAAUUCGAGAUGCUCUCAAUCCUUGGAGAGAGCGGGACGAUGCAGCAAGAAAAUCCUCAUGCCGUACCUUUGAAAGAAACCCAAACUUGGGGAAGUUGCAAAAGGCCUUAGCUUCCUUAGAAGCCAUCAAGUUUCCCUGAUUUGGUGGCAAAAUUCAAACUUGGUGAGAAGAAACAGAAAAAGAGGAGAAGAGUUGGGUUCGCAGAGGUUGGGAAGGCAUUUCUUGAAAAGAAGUGCAACGGCGAAAUCAAAGAAAGCAAGGUUUCUUAAAAGGAUGAGAAAAGUCCA